UGGCCCAAAGGAAAAAAGAAGUGAGAAUUGAAUCUAAUUUUUUAAUAGGCCCAAAUGGCCCAAGAUAGAUUUGAUGUGGGCUGGAUCCGAAAAUAAUGACCCAAUAUAGAUGUGUUAUUAAUAUUACUUGAUUGCCCUUAAUGAAACAUGCAAUGUUAGUAAAGGAAAGGGCAUGCUAAGAUAAUUAUGACAAUAGGAUCCUGCUUUAAUAGUAUAGAUCUAGCUGUUCGUAACAAUAGUAUUGUCUCUGUCACUAAGCAAGUUCACUUUCGGCGGUGUGGUUGCCCGUAUGUGCGAGUUGUAGAAAAACAUGCAUGUAUUUUAAGAUUAUUAUUGAUACUAACUAGAUUUGACCAAAAUUACCACAUUGUGCAUGAGUUCUGUUGAAUAUUUGUGUUUGUGGUAUUCAGUAUGUGAGACUAAUUUAUCUGGAAAUAUGAGUAAACGAAAUGAAGAAUUUAAGAGCAGAAAAGGCCGGAGGCCCGGAGCAACAAUAAUGGACCAGUAAAGAGACAACUAAUAUUAUAAGGAGUAAGGACCCUUGCUAGAGUAUAUUGGUUUCAAGUAAAAUUCAACAUUCUCCUGACGUUUAGCAAGUAUAUAAAAAAAAUAUUGAAGUUGAGGUGAUUAAUAAUGUGACAAGAACUUGGGACAUUGCCCAUCACUCACGUUAAGUCAAAUGAUAGAUAUUUAGGUCUCAUUUCAGCAAUCUCUCACAUGUUACUGUAAUAAGUAGAACAGCAUAUGUAUAGCGGAUCUCAAGUAAGAUGACCUAAAACUUCGAAUCUAAUGAAAAUCGUGAAGCCAGCAUAUUUAUUUUUGUAGAUUCUUUCUUUUCAUGCGUUAGAAGUUGAUUACAUUCACGCGACGGAGGCUUUUUGCUUGCUUUUUUUUUAAUGAACCUAGUUUAAGAUAUAUCACAUUUUGUAUAAAAUCAUCGAUGUAAUAACCCCUAAUAUCUGUUUUGUAUAUUUUAAUAUAUAUCAUUCUGGCUAUGAGUUAUUGUCAUUAUCCUUUUGAUGAGAAAAUAGUGAAUAAUUAAUUCCCAAAAUUUUGUUACCAUGGAAAUGCUGUAAAAUAGUUAAACGCGUUAUCAAUAACCCCAGAGAUUAGGAAAGGCUGAGGAUUUACAUAAGGCGAGAGAGGAAUGGCCGACUUCGCCUUAUUUUAAGCAUUGUCUUCCGUCCUUUUUUAAUAUUUCUUGAUUAUCUUCCCUUAAUCCCAGAAGAUUAAAAAAUCAAAUUAAGUGAUAUAUCUUAUCGAUUCCUUUUCGUUGUGAGUGCAUGUAUAAGUGAACAAAAGUUCGCUUAACGUUCAUCCUUUAACCGUCAGAGAAGAUAAUUACAUGUAUACAGGAAAAACAUUAAAUGUCACAGAUUCUCAGUAAUAUCUCAGAGACCAUCCCUUCCAUGACGUCAACACCUUCGCUUAGCUGUCUCCCUAUUUAAAUUCUCUACAUGCAACAUCCCAUUAAAUAAAAAUAAAAGAAAAACAAAAGCCACAAAAAAAUCAAUAUUUUCUGAGUUUUGUUAUUUAUUUAAAUUCAAGAAUAUGGAGAGAGCCUCUUCUUCCUCCUCCAAGUCAUCAUCAUCCAUGGCUUCUUGUUCUUCUGAUCAGUCUCUUUCCAUCAUUUCCGAUAAAACCUCGUCUUAUCUGACGUCAUCCAUGAUUUCCCGCACGUCAUCAUCAUCUUCCUCCGCCGUGGGAGACUACAUCGGGACAGAGAGCUGCUUCGACGUCCUCUCCGCCGACGAAGAAAACGACGUAUUCUCCUCCUCCGAGUCUAUGAACCGGUAUCGUUACGGAGGAAGGAGGAGAGAGGAGAGAGAAGCAAGAGCCGCGGCGGCGCGUGAGUUUCCCCCGCCGAUACCGUUGCUUGCUCAGACAGAGAAUCUUCUCCCGCACAUGCCGUGGGUUUUGAAGCGUGUGUUGACGAGCGACGGGAGGCUUAUCCUGAGGGAAGAGAAGGUUCGUCAUCACGAGUACUUCCGUGCGCAUAGAUCUAAUGGCCGUCUCACUCUCGACCUUGUUCCUCUAGACGAUGACGUUUUUGAACUUCCUCAAGAGCCCUCUCAUUACCAAUCUGAUGGUGAUAAUGAUUAUGAUCACGAUGAUGAUGAGAAUGAUCAGUGUGAUGAUCAUCAACACGAGGUGGGGGAAGAUUUGGAUGAUCUGGCGGAUAAUGUUGAUAAGAGUGUCAUUAUUACUGCCCCUGACGAUAAAGAUGGUGUUAUCCAUAAUUGUGAUCAUGAUAAGGGCAAUGUGCAUGGUGGUAGUGAAGAUGGAUAUAGGAAAGCUAUAUUAGCGGCGGUGGCGGAUGAGACGGUGGUGGAGAGCGGAGGAGGAGGAUCACCGAGAGGAAAGUGUUUGAAGUCUUGUUUUGUUGGUAUGAUAGUUCGAGAGAUCAGACCAGUUCUUAGUUGAUUGUUAUUCUUAAUUAGUACUCCCAACAAUUAGCUUAUUCGUUUCUUUCUGGAAAACAAAUAUUACCAUCGCUGAGAAUUAAACAAGUAUUACCGGCUUAAUUUAUAAGAAUAACUGAGUGUUUUUUUCAAUAAAGAUUUGUUUCUUGUUUUUGUAUUUUUCAGUGUAAUUUAUCUUCUUUGAGGGUAUUCUACGAUAUUUUAAAAACUGUUUAGUUGGUUAAUAUUUUUGUCCGUACGUGAGUGGUGCUUUUUUUGUGGUUUUAAAUUUCUCUGGCCGGGUGAAUUAAUACUAUGGAAAAGAGAUACACUUGUAAGAGAAAAUAUUUAAAAUCGAAUCGUAAUCUCUCUAGAGGAUAUUAAGUAAAUAUUGGAAAUUCUGAAUACAGAUUUAGAAAGAGCAACUGCGAAAAAUCGAUGAGAAGAUAUAACAGCUGAUAUUCGAUAAAACCAUAUGGUGCAAACAGCUAAUGUAUAUAUAUACAGGGGCGGAUCUGGACAAAAUAUUUAUAUGGGGCACAAAUAAAUUAUAUAGCAAAAAUAAAAUAUAAACAAAAGUUAUAGCUAUGCAAUUUUUAUUUAAAAAAAAUCAAACUUGUAAUUUUUUUGAAUUCUGAGUUUUAAAAAGAAAACUCAAACUAAUAAGAAAAACAAUUUGGAUCUUUUUUAUUUCGUAUAAAUCAGAUUCUAAAAUGUUUUGAUAAAUUAACUAAUAAGUCAUGAAAGAAAUUGACAAAACAAUAUAUAUAUAUAUAUAUAUAUAUAUGUGAGAUGGCUACAUGGAAAAAUGAUAGUAGAAAAGAACAUGGAAACAAGACGGUGAGUGGGAGAGUCGAACACAUAUCUUAUGGGACUAUCGAUUCAACUAGUAAGCAAUUAACCUAAGGACCAUAGUUAGACUAAUUACUUAAAGGUUUCUUAUAAUCAGUGUGUGGCACAUGCCCCACCCUUCAACAACCUAGGUCCGCAAUAUAUAUAUAUACAAGAUAUGAGCCCGUUGCGUUGCAACGGGUUUUGUUUGAUGUUUUAAUUUAAUAAAAACCAUAAAAUAAUAAAUCAUUUUAUUAUAGUAUUAUGAUUGUUUUUUUGCAUAUAUUGUUUGAGAUUUAUUUUAUAAUUGAAACUCGUUUUCACACAUAAGUUCAAGUUAAUAUUUGUAUUUUAUAAUCAUGGUGUAUAGAUUAGUUGUUAUAAACUUUAUACAAAUGAUUAGAGAAAAUAAUAUACGUAAACACUUAAACUGAACACAAUCCGAAAUAAGAAAUAAAAAGUAAAAAAAAUAAAAAUUAAAUACAC